AUGUUCGUCAACCCAUGGGAAGCCACUGACAAAUCCCUAAUAGAGAAUGGAGACACUCCCUUGCAAAAUGGGCUUGUGCUUACAUCAACGCUGCCGUUAUCGUUUUGGAUCUGGUUCUACCUAAGCGUUUUCUGCAAUCUGCUAUGUUUCGCCCUAAAUGCAGUCUUCAGCGCUGUCAAUAUAAUCGAGAGGCACAGAACCUUUAGAAACUCCUUUCACACAAUAGUCCUUGUGUUCUCGCUGACCGUUGUGGUGGGCAGCAGUUGCAAACUCGCCUAUGUCUUCGUUGGCCUCGCUGGCGUACACUCCAAAGACUUCGACUGUUUCUCUGCUGUUGUUGACAUGUUUAUUUCUUAUUUUUCUGCUCUUCUCAUGUUCUUCAUGGGACUCAAUCGCUUUGCAGCGUUCUCUUCAUCGUACCUUAAGGAUCGCCUAAUGAAAAGGAAAACUCAUCUCUGGGUCCUUCUCGGACUGUCCCUCAUCUCUGCACUACUCACCGUCGCCGUAUUCGAAAUCAGUGGAAUGAAACGAGUUUUUGGUCAAAACGCUAUCACUGAUUACGCUAAUAGAUGUAUUUUUGUCCAGGUGUUGAGCUACUUUUUCUACGCCCUUCCACUGACCUCUUCCAUUUUCUACCUCUUCGCAUACAAAUCGUUGCAAUCUCAAAGAGAAAACGUCGUCAGUGAUGCCACAAAAUCUUUGCUGGACAGAGCUGAAAGAUGCAACCUGAAAACGGGAAUAUGGAUUCUAGUCACCUACCUCGCCUCGCUGAUGAUUCACAUAGCAAUGCAGUUCCCAUCGGUGGAUGGCACAUCGCUCAUAGUGCUGAACUCACUUGGAACUAUAACCUCUACAGCUCCUCAGCUUGCCGUGCCGCUCUCAGUGCUUAUGUGCUCAAAGGAAGCUCGAGAUGUCACAUCACGUAUCUGUUGGUCGUCAGUGAAAAGUAGCCUAUCGAGUGUUUUUGGUAAACGCAGAAUCAGUUCGGCUUCGUCCGUCAGAACACUUCCCAUUGUCACGACUGAGACUACACCCACUUGA